AUGUUUUCAGAAAUAAUACCUUCAUUAAUGGAAUAUUCUCAACAUCUGGAUCGUACGAUUAAGGAAUUGCAACAAUAGAUCUUGUAAAUGGAAACAAUUACUAAUAAAACCAAUUCACAUAAAAGACCUCUUGAAAUGAAAUAUAUGUAACACAAAUCCUCACUUCCAUCUACUCUCCCUGAAAUUAAUAAUGAUAUUGACAAAAUUCUUUAGACAGCUGAAUAAUUUUUAUCCGAUCCCAACAAGACAUAAAUCGAACCUAAAAAAUAAGAAAAGCAAGAUUUUGAAUAACCAAAAAGAAAAUUAGAAUCCUUCAAAUAGACAAGCAACAAAAAGUAAAUUCUCUCUCGGAAAGUGAGUCAAAAAAAGUUAUCGCCUUCCAAAGUUUCGAUGCAUAAAAGAUCUGGAUCGUUGUACAAAUAGGAAGUGACCCCAAAAGUUACUUAAGUUUAACCCAAGUUUCCUGUGUAAUAGAGAGAUUCAACAAAAUCAUUCAAGGAUCAAAGCAGAUUAAUCAAGCAAUCACCCACUAAAUCAAUUCAUGAGAAAAAUUCAAUUCUUAUUGAAGAUCAGAGCAAAGCCAAACCACCUAUUCCUACAGUCCAGCCAGUUCGUAAAUAGCCAUCAUAGCCUUAUUUAUAAUUGCAACCCAUUUCAUAAUAAUAGCAAUAACAAUAAAAUUUGAAUUCUUCAUACUAAUAAUAAUAAAAUACUAGCAAGAUGGAGAAUAACUAACAAUAGCAAUAAAAUGCAUUAAAGAAAUUCGAUUUCAAUGGGUACAAGGAAUUGAGCAGAUUGAAACGAAUGAAAGAUGCCAUUUUUGUUGAAUAUCAAUAAAGUUACACAUAUUUCAGAGAUAAGGAAUAAAAGUCAAGAGCUCGAUUCCUCACUAAAUUCCAUCAACAUAUGAAUGAGAGAAAGAAAUUGUUAUAAUAAUCUGCUUAUGGAGAUAGACAAACCUUUUUCUUCCUUAGCGAUCAAAUCCACCCAUAAUUCUUUUCAUUCAUAGAAGAACAAUUAACCAUUGGACAGCCAAAGACACUCCUAAUCCUCAAAUAUUGCGAGUAAAUCUAAAAAACUAUUGAUUCAAUUGAAUUUGAUGACGAAUUACUAAAGAAUCUUAAACGAGCCAAUAAAUAAAAUAUUUCUAAGAUAUCCUUAACAGAAUUAAUUGAAGUCUUUAAAUUAUGGAGUCAAGUCUAAAUCAUUCGACAAAAUUAUCAAUAACUCACAUAAUUUAUAUAGCCAAUUCCAGAAUUAACAUACGAUUUGAUUUAAUGGAUUUGUUUACGUCCUAAGAGUACCAAGAAAGACACAGUCUAAAUGCAAUUGAAUCAAAAGAUUAUUCGUCAUAAUCAAUAUGCCUCAACUUAGGAGGAGGCUCUUGAAAUUAACAAACUCAUUAUAAAAGAAGAGAUCUUUCGAUUUCUGUGGGAUAUCAUCCAAAAAUUAGUAUUCUCAUAAUAACAACUUGACACUUCAAUGGGUCUAUUCAAAUCCAUUCUCAAAUUCCUUACUAAAAACAACUGUAGUAUCUAUGUGUAUAAGAAAUCAGAUUUAUUUAUUUGA